ACGCAAAUAUCAGAAGGCAGGAAGAUGGGUAGAGGCUUCUAGCCGACUCUGCAUUUGUCCUUAUUCUUCUUCACUUGUGAAGGCCGCCACGCUCCCCUGCCCGUUGCCACAACUCCCUCCGUCCAACCUUCCUCUUGUCUUGCCCGCCUUCCCGCUUAUUUUUAGUCAGAAAAGAACUGCUGGCAUCUCCAUCUCGGUUUCGAAGUGUGGGAAACCAUCGACAACCUUCAUCCUUCUCUUUUUCUCUUGUUUUGCCCGGUCGAUUUCUACCCGUUGGUAGGUUGUUUAUCAGGCGUCGAUUCCGGGGUGAAUUUGAGGUGCUAGUCGGAUGGACGCGAUCGCGGUUCUUGGUGGGCAAGGAGUCUUCGUAUCUGGCGCUUCAGUUGCGAGAAAAUGUGAAUUGCUGACGAAAACGAGUGGUUUCGGUGCGAAAUCGGCGGUUCUCUCAGCGAAAUUUGGAGUAGCCAAUGGGUUUCUCAAGGAUUGCCCGUCGACCUCUGUGCUCGGGAACUCACGGAGGCGGUCAGCGUACAGGGGUAGAAGAAGCAUGGGUGCAAGAGCAUCAAUGGAUUCUUCGGAGACGUCUGCUCCUAUAGCUCCUCUUCAAUUGGAAUCGCCGAUCGGCCAGUUUCUGGCCCAGAUAUUGAGAAGUCACCCUCACCUUCUCCCGUCAGCUGUCGAUCAGCAGCUUGAAGUGCUCCAAACAGAUAGGGAUGCAGCUGCACAGAAGGAAGAACCCUCUACUACUGGGACAGACCUCAUAUUGUACAGGAGAAUUGCUGAGGUGAAAGCUAAUGAGAGAAAAAAGGCUUUGGAGGAGAUUCUGUAUGCACUAGUUGUACAGAAGUUCAUGGAUGCAGAUGUUCCACUCAUAUCAUCCAUAUCAUCAUCAUCAUCGGACCCAACUGCCAAGGUCGAUACAUGGCCACCUCAGGAUCAGAAGCUUCAAAAGGUUCAUUCUCCAGAGGCCUAUGAGAUGAUCAAGAACCAUCUAGCUCUUAUAUUAGGCAACCGUUUACAGGAUUCAAGUUCCAUUGCUCAAAUAAGCAAGCUUAGAGUUGGACAAGUUUACAUGGCGUCCAUCAUGUACGGCUACUUCCUUAGGAGGGUAGAUCAGAGGUUCCAGCUCGAGAAAACGAUGAAGACUCUUCCUGCAGACUUGAGUGAAGGAAGCAACUCUUUGCACCAGGAAAUGAUGGAUGAGUCGAAACCCAAUGGCUGGACUCAAAGUCAGGACGGCUGGUCGCCUUUGUCUGCAGGUCCAUCCAUGGCAGAGAGUGGUACCCAAGCUGCAGAUGCAGGAUUUAGCCCGAACGGUUUUGGUUAUGGAAUGAAGCCAUAUCGUUUGCGAUCCUAUGUUAUGUCGUUUGAUGCCGAAACCCUGCAAAGGUAUGCUUCCAUAAGGUCAAAAGAAGCUGUCUCAAUAGUUGAGAAGCACACGGAGGCACUGUUUGGAAGACAGGAAUUUUCCCUAGAUCCUUCCAAAGAGGAAGCAAUCAGGAUCAGCUUUGCAGGCCUGAGCUCUCUUGUACUGGAAGCUGUAACCUUUGGGUCUUUCCUCUGGGAUAUGGAGAGCUAUGUUGAUUCAAGGUAUCAUUUUGUGACAAACUGAACCCGACUAGUCCCUGUAAUGUAUAAAAUUUAGAUCCUAUCUACCGAGUAAGGUGAAGGAUUGGCCAAUCCGGUAAGCUGCGGUUUUGGUAGUUGAAGAUUGUCUUUCACUCUUUCUGAAAAAUUGUACCACUCAUCCGCAGUAACAGAAGCCUGUAAAGCUUAAUGAUCCGUCCUGUAUAUGACAUUCUUUUUAUUAGCUUAUAAAAUAGCAAUAGCCUUCUCAGA